AUGUAUGUGAUAUACACACUUUGGGUCAUUUUGGCUAUACCCUACGGCUGCAUCCUCAAGAUGUUCACUGGCCCUAUGCCAGCUGCUCCCAGCCAUCUCAGCCUUAUCCACCGCCUCGAGUACUACUUGUGUCACCACGUCUAUAGACAGACGCUCUUCGCAGUCGCUGUAUUCGUGCUGUUCGGGAAUAUGCUCUUCGCGAUUGAAGAGGGGCUACACUGCCUACUCUGGCCAUUCAAGAGCAAGCAGUCUUUUCUGGAGUUCCUGGUUCUUAUGGCGGUCGUGGCAACUUGUGGUCUCUUUGCUACAGUAUAUGGCAGACGCGGAUCCCCAGAGGCUGAGGCUCAGCAGGUUGAGGAGAUAAACGAUCUCUAUCUUACUGCCGUGCAGUACUAUUGGUACUAG